AAAAAAAAACAAUAAAAAAACAAAAAAAAUCUCCCAAACAUGAGUCCUGUAGUCCAUAACAACAACAAUAAUUCCAUUACAUAUUAUAACAAUAUGCCUCAUUAUCAUCACCAAGUUGCAUCACCUACUUCUGCUCCCUCCAUCACAACGGCAGCAAGACUAGGUCAAAUCCGGGCGCAGCUGGAACUUGCUCGAAAUUUCUAUGAUGAUUUUGAAUUUUGUCCGGUGCAAUGUUCUACGGAGGUGAUGGAACAUCGUGAUCGUGUCCAACAAAGACUAUCGCCCCAAUCAUCUCCAAAUACCUCUCCCUCCAUGUCCUAUGCUAGCCGUAGUAGCACCAGUAGCAUGAGUAGCAUCAGUAGUCAUAGCAAUAGUAGCAGUAACAAUAGCAGUGGUCAUAACACACCCAAAUCAAGACGGGCUAUUCCCAUCAUCGAUCCUUCGAAUAUGGCUCCUGUUUCUGUACCUACGCACCACUACAUGAUGAAAUCUUCCGGUUCUCCUACUUUUACUCAACAACAACAUCAUCAUCAACAUCAUCAUCAACAACAACAGCAAUUUUAUAACUAUAACGUCCUUGUUCAAUAAUUUCCCUCCAUUUUUUGUUUUGUUAUCUCUAUUUGUUAAAUACUACCACAUAUACCUUAUAUUGUUUGUUUUUCCCUUUUUUUCGCCCUAUUUUUCCCUUUCCUGUUUCAUUUAAUUAUUUCUCAUACAUAUAUAUAAAAAGUGUACAGCAAUAAAAUAAAAAAAUAAAAUUCCUUUUUGUUUAUCCAA